CGUCAAUUCUGUCACUGUCAGCUGGCGCACCUGUCAGUCCUGUCAUUAGUGUCACAACUCACAACAAAAACUUUAAAAAUGGCUUCGCGCGAAGAGUGGUGCGCCGACAAAUUGUCGAAACUCCUGCAGGACGAUUUGAGAAUAUCGGCUUUGAACGAAAUAAAGGAGCACCUCACGUCGAUGCCGGUGUCCGAGGCCUCCCGAUUCGCCGAUUGCCUCGAUCUACCGCUAGUAUUUGAUUGUUUAAACGACUCGAAUGUAGAGAACAUAGAUUUAGCUUGCGAGGUGUUGACUUUGUGCAUGACGAGCCUGACGAUUGGAGAAACGACGAAUAGGUACGUCGUGCCGUUGGAAAGGGCGCUGAUCCACCCCUAUUCGGCUGUGAAAAUAAUGGCGUUGAAGGAAAUUCGUAGGGAUAUAUCGGAGGAGAAUUGCCUGAGCGAACUGUGCAAAAGGAAAUCCCUUUUAAAUACGAUUGUUAGGUGUGUAGGGGACAGCGAUUUGUCUGUUGCGAAGAAAGCUUUAGAUAUUGUUGUCAUCGUGGGGUUAUCGGAUAUCGGUUUAAAAACGCUUAUAACCGAUGAUGUUGCUAAUGAAUUGCGCGAAGUAAUGGCUACUAACGAAGUUUCAAGACUGCGGGUGUACGAGUGCGUUGUGCUUAUUGCGAAAGAGUCUGAAGCGAAUUUAGAUUUGAUAAAAUCCACCAAUAUUUUAAAGUACUUACUCGAUGAGCUGAAUAAUAACGAUGUAUUAUUAAAAAUGAAUAUCGUUGAACUAUUGACUCAACUGGGAUCGAGUCGACACGGUUAUAAUUACCUUGAACAAAAUGGUGUAAUAAAUAAGCUGUUUUUAUUAAUUGAAGAUGCUAAUGAUCGUUUGACUAAUCAAUAUUGUGAGCCAGGUAUUUUGAAGUUUUUUGGUAACAUAGCUCAUUGGAAGCCGCUCGAAUUGCUGUCUAAAUACCCAAAAAUAUUCGAUAGACUAUUCUCGAACUUGGAAAGCGGUGACUUAACUAUCGUUGCGAUAUCAUUGGACACUUUAGGAAUCAUAGGCCUCACAAAUCAAGGAAAAAGCGCAUUACAUUCUACUGGUAAUAAAAUGACCUACGCGCUAAAGACGAUCGUCAAAUUGCUUUCUUCCUUCCCGACCGAUGUGAAAAUUAGAGCACUCAAUUGCCUGGAGCAUUUGUUGAGCGUGAGCGAGCAACAAAACAACGUUAAUCUGAUAACUAAAAGAUGGUAUUCGAUUCUGUGCGAACAACCCAUGGAGGUGAUUUUGAGGUACGCCAAAAAUCCAUUUGCUGAACUCAAAAUAGCCGGAUUGGGCAUCUUACUGGGCUUGGCGCAUCAGCAAUGGGGACAAGAGGAGAUCAAGAAUUCCCCGGGACUGAUCGAGUAUCUGUUAGAUAGAAAAGUGGAAAAUGUUAAAGAAUGCAAAGAAAUAAAAUACGACAUCGUACAGGCUCUGUCAAUGAGCAACAUAUUCGACAAACAAACUGUGACGAAAUUGCAAGAGUACGUGAAAGAAGGACCGUUUUACGUGGAUCCCGUUACGGAAAUUGCGUUCGAGGGAAACGAAUAACGUUAAAAUAACAUCUUCACUUACCUAUUUUAUAAAGUACAUACUAAGAAUAGGUGGAUAUAUCUCAUUUAUACCUUACAAAUUAAAUUAACCGUCUUUUUAGAUGUCGUAAUUAUUGUUGUUUAAGUGCUUUUAUGAAAUAUAUUUAGUAUGUUUUAGGAGUAUUUCUGCGUUUAUUUAAAAA